AUGGAUAAGCCCCUGCAGAAAGUGCAUAAGAUAUAUGCCAGGAUGCACACUCAGUUCAUAGAAGAUGCCCAAGAAACCUUUGAUAAGCUGGGGUUCCUCAGUAGAUACGUUGAUAUACCCCUUGGCAAGCAGCGCCAUCUCCCGCGGGACCGGGAGGGCAGCAGCCCCGCUCCGUGUUUGUCUUUCCGGGCCUCCGCUCGCUCUCGCUUGCCCCUUCCCCUUCCGUCUGGCCUCUUCUUGCCCGCCUUGGAAGGCCGCCUGGCCUCCCAACAGGUGUGCCCGGCUCUGCCAAGGAGGGAUGCCGGCGGCCUGGCGGCGUCCAAAAGCAGGCUGGGAAGCCGGGCCGGGGAAGGUCCAGGAAAGCCGCCGCCGCCGCUCCCUCCCUCCCUCCCCGCGCCUACCAAAGGGGAGCAUCUCCGCCUCCUCCUCCUCGGGUGGGAGGGCGCUCGCCUGGCUCGUCGCUCGCCGCGGCCGCACUUGCCCGGGCGGUGGAUGCGCCGCGCGGGGGGAGGGCGCCAGCCAGGGGGUCGAGAAGUGGCCGUCGCCCCCCAGCCCGCUCCGCCGGGAUCUUCCUCGCUUGACGUCAGGCGCAGCGGCGGGCUGAGCCGCGGCUUCCCCGGCCGGUGCCUGCGCUGCGGCGAGGCGGCCCUCGGGGGUGGCGGCGGCGGCGGCUCCUGUGCGCCGCUGCCGCGCGGCCUCCUCUUGCGCCCUCCGCCGUCGCCCCCGCCGCCGCCGCCCCCUGAGGACUCGGCGACGGUGGCGCCCGAGGAAGGCCACCACCGGCUGGGCAUGGCCAUGGCGCGGGGCCCCUCGCUGUCCGGCGGGCCCUCGUCGUCGUCGGCGGCCGAGGAGGAGGAGGAGGGCGGCGGGGGCGGCGCCCUGCCCAGCCAGCAGCGCGUCCUCAUCAACAUCUCCGGCCUGCGCUUCGAGACCCAGCUGGGCACCCUCAACCAGUUCCCCGAAACGCUGCUGGGCGACCCCCAGAAGCGCAUGCGCUACUUCGACCCCCUCCGCAACGAGUACUUCUUCGACCGCAACCGGCCCAGCUUCGACGGCAUCCUCUACUUCUACCAGUCCGGGGGCAAGCUGCGCCGCCCGGUCAACGUCUCCAUCGACGUCUUCGCCGACGAGAUCCGCUUCUACCAGCUGGGCGAGGAGGCCAUGGAGCGCUUUCGGGAGGACGAGGGCUUCAUCAAGGAGGAGGAGAAGCCCCUGCCCACCAACGAGUUCCAGCGCCAGGUGUGGCUCAUCUUCGAGUACCCCGAGAGCUCCAGCUCUGCCCGGGGCAUCGCCAUCGUCUCCGUCCUGGUCAUCCUCAUCUCCAUCAUCACAUUCUGCCUGGAGACCUUGCCCGAGUUCCGUGACGAGCGGGAGCUCCACGUCCCCCUGCUCUCGCCCCUCAAUGCCACAGCGGGGGAGGCCCCCCAGCAGCACCAGCAGCCCCCCAGCACCCUGACUGACCCCUUCUUCAUCAUCGAGACCACCUGCGUCAUCUGGUUCACCUUCGAGCUGCUGGUGCGCUUCUUCGCCUGCCCCAGCAAGCCCGAGUUCUCCAGGAACAUCAUGAACAUCAUUGACAUUGUGGCCAUCAUUCCCUACUUCAUCACCCUGGGCACGGAGCUGGCUCAGGAGCAGCAGAAGAGAGAGCAGCCCGGCAGCGCCGGUAACGGGGGUCAGCAGCAGGCCAUGUCCUUGGCCAUCCUCCGGGUCAUCCGCCUGGUCCGGGUCUUCCGGAUCUUCAAGCUCUCCAGGCACUCCAAGGGGCUGCAGAUCCUGGGGCAGACUUUGAAAGCCAGCAUGAGGGAAUUGGGGCUCCUCAUCUUCUUCCUCUUUAUUGGGGUGAUUCUCUUCUCCAGCGCCGUCUAUUUUGCUGAGGCUGAUGACCCCGAGUCACAUUUCUCCAGCAUCCCCGAUGCCUUCUGGUGGGCGGUGGUCACCAUGACCACAGUGGGCUACGGAGAUAUGAGGCCUGUCACAGUAGGGGGCAAGAUUGUGGGCUCCUUGUGUGCCAUCGCGGGUGUGCUCACCAUUGCCCUUCCUGUCCCUGUUAUUGUGUCCAACUUUAACUACUUCUACCAUCGGGAAACGGACCACGAAGAGCAGGCCAUCCUCAAGGAUGAACCCAGCAGUGCUCAAGGCAGCUCAGCUGGGGACUUGAAGAGACGCAUGAGCAAAAGCUCUUUGGACAAAUCUGUUGUGCACUUGGAGAACAUUGAAGGGGUCAACAACGGGACCGGAUCAGUAGAGAAGGCCAACAUUAAAGCUAAAAGCAGUGUAGAUCUCAAAAAAUCUCUCUAUGCACUCUGUCUAGACACCAAUAGGGAAACAGACUUAUAG